AUGGUACGAGCCCAGAUCUUGACGGCAGUUACUGCCCUGCUGCAUGUUGCUCAAGCAGGAUGUCCCUACAUGGACGGCGAAGCUGUCGUUCGUCGAGACGAGAAUCCCACAACGGAUGAGUUUAUGAGCCGUUAUGAGGUCGACGACAGCGAUGUUUACAUGACGAACCCGGUUGGCGGUCCAAUCGAGGAGCAAGAAAGCCUCUCAGCUGGCGAGCGUGGUCCGACCCUUUUGGAGGACCAAGCCUUCAGAAGAAAGAUCAUGCACUUCGACCAUGAGCGCGUUCCUGAGCGUGCUGUCCAUGCUAGAGGUGCAGGUGCCCAUGGAACCUUUGUUUCCUACGGAGAUUGGUCAAACAUCACGGGAGCGUCUUUCCUGAACGCACCCAACAAAGAGACGCCGAUCUUCAUUCGAUUCUCCACCGUUGCUGGAUCGAGAGGCAGUGCCGAUACAGUGCGAGAUGUACACGGGUUUGCAGUUAGGUGGUACACUGACGAAGGAAACUUUGACAUCGUUGGAAACAAUAUUCCAGUCUUCUUCAUCCAGGACGCUAUUAAAUUCCCCGAUCUGAUCCAUGCUGUCAAGCCGAAACCAGAUUCCGAGAUCCCGCAAGAUGGGUGGGGAGUUCACACCUUCCGCUUUGUGACCGACCAGGGCAAAUCCAAACUUGUCAAGUUUCGCUUCAGGUCACUCCAAGGCAAAGCUUCCCUGUUGUGGGAAGAAGCGCAAUUAAUUACGGGCAUGAACGCCGAUUUCCACCGACAGGACUUGUUUGACAGUAUCCAGCAAGGCUGCUUUCCAGAGUGGGUGUUUGAGGCUCAAAUUAUGGAAGAAGAAGACCAGCUUCGAUUUGGCUUUGAUCUUCUGGACCCAACCAAGAUCGUGCCUGAGGACAUUGUACCCUUCACUCCGCUCGGAAAGUUGACCUUGAACCGGAAUCCUCGAAACUACUUUGCCGAGACCGAGCAGAUCAUGUUCCAGCCCGGGCAUCUAGUCCGCGGAAUCGAUCUAACGGAAGACCCGCUGCUUCAAGGAAGAAUGUUUUCUUAUCUCGAUACUCAGCUAAACCGCAACAUGGGCGGUCCCAAUUUCGAGCAAAUUCCAAUUAACCAACCGCGUGUAGCUGUCCACAACAACGAAAGGGAUGGCGCCGGUCAGAUGUUCGUACCUCUCAACACCGCAGCCUACUCUCCAAACACGUUGAACGAAGGAUCCCCCCGGCAAGCAAACCAAACCAACGGUCGUGGCUUUUUCACAGCUCCAAGUCGCUCUACAAGUGGAAACAUCGUCCGGUCCGUGUCCAGCACGUUCGCGGAUGUAUGGAGUCAGCCGCGUCUCUUCUUCAACUCUCUCAUGCCGGUUGAGCAACAAUUCGUCAUCAACGCUAUGCGAUUCGAGACUUCACAGCUAAAGAGUGACGUUGUCAAGAACAACGUGCUUAUCCAGCUCAACCGCAUCUCUCACGACAUCGCCGUGAGGGUGGCGGAAGCACUGGGCAUGACCGCACCUGAAGCCGAUGAUACUUACUAUCAUGAUAACAAGACUAUUGGUGUUAGUGCUUCUGGUGAGCCGUUGCUCACGCUGGAUGGCCUGAAGGUCGGCUAUCUUACUACCGCAGCCUCGUCAUCGGGCGACAACGCGCAGGCCUUGAAGUCAGCUCUCGCUGAUCUCAACGUUGCAAUGACCGUUGUCGCUGAGCACCUUGGUGACAAUAUUGAUCAGACCUACUCUGCUACCUCUGCGGUCCAGUUCGAUGCCAUCAUCGUAGAUGGCAACGCAGAAAGCCUCUUCGCACCUGCCGCCAGCUUGGCCAACUCCAACUCCACAACCACUGUGCCCCGCAACGCGACCAGCAACGCCCGUUCGACUCUCUACCCUGCCGGCCGCCCUCUCCAGAUCUUGCAAGAUGGGUAUCGUUUUGGUAAGCCUGUAGGUGUGCUCGGUUCCAGCAACAUUGCUUUCGGCGCUGCCGGAAUUGAGGCCUCUACUCCUGGUGUAUACUCGUUCGAGGCUUCAGGUGAUGUCUCGACGGUUGUGGACCAGCUUUCAGAGGGCCUUCGUACGUUCAAGUUUUUGGAUAGAUACCCCCUAGAUAACUAG